AUGUCCAUCACCACCUCCACCCCAUCCCUCCGCCGCCGCGCUCUCCUCCCACAUAAUGCCGCCGCCGCCCUCUCCAGCAUCAAGUCCACCCCUGCCCUCACCAUCACCCUCACCCCCACCCCCAACAACCACCCCUCCACCUCCACCUUUUCCUUCCCCUUCCCCUCCAACCUCGUCACCUCCCGCACCACCAACUUCUUCCCCUCCGCCGCCCUCAUUCUUCACCCCCCUGAAUCCCCACCAACCCCAACAAAAUCCGAAUCCCCUCAUCCGCCAGCAUUUUUCGCCGCUCCACUGCCAUCUUCUCCUGCUCAGCUGCCUCCGUCCCCGUCAACCCUGCCUCAUGAUGCUUCCGCGCAAACUCCUCCUACGCUAGAAGUCUAUUCGUCUCCAUUGCCUGCAAUUCAUCCACCCCAGCCAAUGCCUGUUUCUCUAGAAACACCUCCGUCGCCCGCCCCGCUGGUUCGCCGCCGAGUCCUCCACAUUCUCACCGUCUCACCACCUUCGACAAUUGAUUGGAGGAUUUCUAGAUAG